CUUAUCUGUUUCUGUCGCCGUCACGCCACCCUUUAUUCGCGUCCCUCCCUUCCACGUUCUCCGCACCUUUCCCGCCCUACUUCCUCCUUACUGCUUCCCCUUUUCAAACUUAUACGCUUUCUCGACUCCCCACCCUUCAUUCCUGUUGCCAUUUCAUCUCUCUGGCUUUAUCGAUCUCUCUUCAUUCUUUUGCUUAGCGAUGGCGGGUCUCCCGAUCUCCUCCCUCUCUCUAUUCUUACUCUUCGCGAUGUUUUCCGUUCAACGUGCUCUACCUGCAGAUCCGCCUGGGAUUUCGCCAGCGCCGGCUGCUGUUGUCUCUCCCGAGACUCCAUCACCGUCUCCUGCACUCUCUGACAGUUCUCGACCGUCAGAUUUCACCUCGCCGUCGCCAUCGCCGCCAUCGGUGAUUGCUAAUGCUCCGUCUCCGUCCCCCGCGAUUGCAAAUACACUUUCGCCGUCGAAUUCACCUGCUCCCGCGCCGGUCUCUCAAAUGGCAAGUGAUGUAGCUCACGAGAGCGUGGAAUUAUCUCAUGAGUCCGGAAAAGAGGGAAUGAGCGGCGGGAAGAAGGCCGGAAUAGCGGUCGGAGUGAUUUCUGGGAUGGUUGUGGUAGGGUUGGUAGGGAAGGUUUACAAAAAGCGGCAGGAUAAUGUCCGUCGAGCGCAUUUCGGACAGGCCUCCCGGAGAGGGUUUCUCUAAGCUCCGACUUAUGCAAAUCCAGCCUUUGACGCUAAAAAACUGCAUAGAUCUGGGAAUCCACAGAUGUAAAGAGGUGAUGGCAAACGUUUGAUUCUUCUUCACUUGAUAGAGAAAAGCUACUGUUAAUUUCUAGUUUAUUUUGUCCAUUUCAUUUAAUUAAGUCUCUCUUUUGCUGGUUUGUUGAUUUAUUAUUUCAUGAAUGUAAGUUACUCCGUACGUUAUUGGCGUCAUAUCAGUAAUUUUGUGAGUGGACUUCGCCCUUCAGUUCGUGGUGCUAAAUGAGUGUUAUGUAUUCCUAUGUAAAAAAAUCUGUAAUGAACAUUUAUAUAAAAGAUUAGUUUAAAAAAAAUUACUAAAUCAAAAGUUC